AUGGAUGCUGAAACUCCGCGCCCCUUCACACGUUCAGGAACCGCCAGUGAAGCGUCGUCCUCCAGCCCUUUCGCCGUUGGUCAAUGGGGAUUUGCUGGAUGCAGUCAAGUGUUUAACUUCGGACGACAAAAUGCCCCCGCAUGUCAAGACAAUCUUGACUCACCUGUUGGACAAAACUAUGGCCAUCGACGACCUGUUGCAAAGGAAUAG